CCUCCUGCAUGUGGAUUGAUGCAGUCUGCAUCAACCAAGACGAUCUCAAACGAACGCAGUAAUCAGGUCGCCUAGAUCCAGAGUAUAUACCGGAUGGCGGAAUCGACGGUGGUGUUCCUCGGCGAUGACUGGAUCGGACGUGACGCGGUCAUGGUCAUGUUGAUCGCAGGAGCUCGAGAUGGAGGAUUUUAUUGCGACCCAUCUUUAACUCCGCGUGUUGUCAGCCAUAGUACGAACCUUAGCUCGACUACGCUUCAGGCUUCAAUCAUCACAUUCUUUACUUCUCCAUGGUUCUAUCGGCUCUGGACGGUCCAGGAAUACUGUCUCGCAAAAGACGUCUACUUCCAGUACGGCAAUCGCACCAUAAACCACAAAAUUUUUCAAGGCUGGUUUGAUAACUACGAGAGACGUCGCCACUCAUGUUGUCGACUUUUCGCAGGCUUUGAGCUACGGGUACUUGUGAACGACAAAUGGCUCGUGGUGUGGAGGGUCUUACGUCAGCUCACGGUGCUUCAAGACUAUCGAAGGAUCAUCCCAAGUCGCUCUUUCAUACAAACCAUGCAAGACUUCAAAUCACACCAGUGCGUGGAUCCACGAGACAAGAUAUACGGUGUUUUGGGUAUGCUCGAACAUAGAUGGAGUCUGUCGAUGGACCCUGAUUACAGCCGUACGCCAAAAGAAGUUGUUGCGGUGCAAGUCGUUCCUAUAGGCCUUGAUCGUCACCUCUAUUGACUACCUUGGACUAGCACGUCUCAGGGAAUGUAUAUACAGUUGCCUCCUAGCUAGCAAGUAACUCAGCGCAGUUUUCCAUCGACUAUACA